AUCUGCGGCUACGGAGUACAUAGGCAGCUGCUUUCUGACCACCCUCUCACUCACUCACUCUCUUCCCCCAUUCCCCCCUCUCUCUCACGCACACAUACACAUACACGCUCCCUCUCCCACGCCAAUGUCGUUGUGGGGAACAAAGAAAAAAGACGACGACGACAACCUUCCUGCAGAGCGCAGUCACCCGGCCAGUGGGCGCGACUUCGACGAAGACGACGGCAGGAUGAGGGAAGAAGCCACGGAAAGAGACAGGCUGCUGCCAUCGGACCACAGACGUCCUCCACACUCCGAUGGCUACCUGGAUCCUGACGAUCCAGCUGUCUCCCCCUACAACCUAUGGACUGUCCGAUUCAUGAGAUAUCUCACCGUCCUCUUCCUGGUGCUCACAUUCAUAUGGUGGGUGCUGCUGCUCGUCAGCACCUUCGUGUCGCCUCCCGGUCUGCACACGAGAGGUUCCGGCUUUUUCGACUUCUCCUACACCACUCUGGCUGCCGGCAUCCUUCUCAACUCCCUCCUGUUCUUCUCCGCCCCCAGUCUGGCAAUGCGAGUCACUCAGGCCGUGCUCGGAUUGGUGUUGCUGGUGAACCUCAUCAUUAUUGUCUCCGUCCCCCGAUUGCGCGGCGAAGAGGGCGCUCCCGGAAUUGCUAGUGUCGCAUGGGUGACGCUCAUGGCAGUGUGGUGUAUCUCGACGGACCGUGUCGUCGCAUGGGCCAAACGCGAGGAGGAAGAGCGUCUCACGGGUCGUGCGGAGACCAGACGAACAUUGCAGGAGUGGCUCUCCGUCUUCGUAUCAACCACCAUCCUCGUCGUCUUUGUCCUCAUCGCCAUCCUAAUGUUGGCCACUCUGAUUAUCCGUAGCCUGGACGCCGGUCUGGCCUACGAUGGCGAUCGUGUUCGUGUCGACGACGGCAGAUACGAGGUCCACUUUGCUUGUGUUGGUAACAAGACCACAGAUAAGAAGGGUAACAGCUCCCCCACAAUCCUGCUCGAGUCGGGCGAGGAUCCUGUCGAGUAUGAUUUCGAGCAUUGGGCAUACAAUGCCUACCAGAACGGGACCAUCGAUCGCUACUGCUACUGGGAUCGCCCCGGAUACGCUUGGUCUGAUAAUGCGCCCUCGCCGCACAGCGCUGGUAUGUCUGCAGACAACCUCGCAGAGGCGCUGGCUAUUCAAGGUGAAGAAGGCCCGUGGAUUUUGGUCUCCUCGGGCUACGGCAGCAUCGUCUCUCGCAUCUUCAGCGCGAGGAACUUCCGCGAAGUGGUCGGCAUCAUGAUGGUUGAUCCUCUGCACGAGGAUUACCUGGCACAGCUCGCAUCUCCCACUCGCGGCUUCCAGAUUUGGGGCUGGGGCGUCAUCAGCCCGCUCGGCAUUCGACGCAUCAUCGGUGCCAUUUUCAGUGGACAGACUCGAGAUGACCGUGUGUAUGGCAAGCAGGCCUUUAGUGGUGGCAAGUUCAUCAAGGCCAAGCUGCAGGAGAACCUCGUGGCCAAUUCCUUUUCGCGACAAGAGAUCUCGUCUGCUCGGACGAUUCAGGCAGAGGAUACACCGCUGGUGGUCAUCUCGUCGGGCAUCCAUGUCCGCACUGAUGAGAAAUGGGCGGACAAGCAGCGUGAUCUCACCAACAUCACUGGCAAACUUCUCGCGUGGGACGUCGUCAACAAGGCACCUCACUACGUGUGGCACACCAAGGACGGUCGUGAUGCCAUGGAGAAGCGUCUGGGCGAACUGGUCCAGGACCACUACAAGCCUCGCAAGGAUCACCCGACGCUCGACUAUACCAUGGUCGAUAAGUUCCGCAACGAGCGCGAGCUGUAAACAAACACCUUGGAAGCACCGAGUGCAUCGACAGCACGUAGCAUGAUUUCUAUGAGUGAUGAUGGGCAUAUCGUAGUACCUUACUCUCCUGACAGCUCCUGGAAACUUGAUUUUUGGUAAUAGGGCGGUACAUAUGUGCAAAGGCGUUGGGGACCGAACUCGAAAGCUCAGGACCACAGAACGGAGCACCAAAUCGUCGUACCAAUAGUCUGAAUAGUGUCUAAAAUUGUACUAUGUAUUAUCUUUUUCCGG